AUGGAUACCAACAACGAACAAAGUUCGAUAAUCAACGGCGGCGGCAACAGCGGCAGCGCCAACGCGAACGCCAACGUCAGCGCCAACGCCAACGCCGCCGCUAUGGCGCUCGGCUUUAAUCAGCAAAAGCGCCGCCUGGUCGACGCACAACAACAACAACAACUGCAACAACAACAACAGCAAGAACAACAGCAACCACCACAACCACAGGCGCAAUCGAAGGCCAAGGAAGCAAACAGCCAAAACGAAAGCAGCGCCGUCGUCAGUGGCGGCAAUGGCGGCAGUCCAAAAAUGGGCUCGCGCCGCAUUUUUACGCCACAAUUCAAGCUGCAGGUGCUCGAAUCGUACCGGAACGAUAACGAUUGCAAAGGCAAUCAGAGAGCCACUGCUCGCAAAUACAACAUCCAUCGUCGCCAGAUACAGAAGUGGCUGCAAUGCGAGCAAAAUUUGCGCUCCUCGGUGGCCAACAAUCAGCAUCAGACGACGGCCGGGGGAGCUGCAACAGCGGCGGCGGCAGCGCACCACCACCACCAUCAUCAUCAUCAUGUGGCAGCGGUUAAUCGUUUGCUGACCAAUGGCUUCGGGCACCACAUGGCGCAACAUCUGCAUAUGCCCGUGCCUGUGCCAAUGCCGGCGGUGCAUGCGCCACUGCCCUCGACGCUCAGCAAUGGUGGGAAUAGCAGCAACAACAACAAUAAUUGCGGCGGCGGCGGCAGCAGUGGUGUAGGCAGCACCACCGCCUCACCCAGAAGCGUUUUGGAUGCCGCGAAAAUAGCCGCUGCCGUUGCAGCCAUUACCAGCAACAGCAGCUCAUCGGUGGCAGCAGCCACCACAGUCACCACUGCAAACGCCACCGGUGCCACGGUGGCAGCCAAUGCGUUGCCAUACAGCUCCACGCUAGCACCUGUCCAAGUGCCAACUCCAGUGCCAACCUUAAGCGGCGCCAGUAGCCACAUUCCGCCGCCACCGCCACCGCAUGCGGCGUUAACGCAUCCGCACCAUCCGCACCACCCGCAUCCACACCCCCACCAGCACUAUGCCGCUGCCUAUCAUCAUGCCGCCGCCGCUGCAGCCGCCGGCUAUUUGCCACAUCAUCAUGCAGCAUUGCUGCAACGGAAGGUCAGCAGCAGCAGCACCACCGCCGCACCACACGCCACUCAGCUGUGGCCUGGCUACGCCAACGGCAAUGGCGAGCAGCCGGACAAGAUUAGCAAGCUGGAGGCGCUGCCGACGAUCAAAAGCGAGCUCCUGGAUGAGAUUCAAGUGGAUGCCAGUGGCGAGGAUGUGGACGUUGAUGUCGAUGUGGAUGUGAUGGAGCAUGAGGAGCACCAUCAGCACCACAACCACAAUCACAACCACCAGCAACAACAACAACAACAACAGCACAAAGUGCUGCCCUCGAAGCAGGUGAAAUUAUUUAAGCCAUAUCUGUUGGGUGAUGCCGAUGAGGACGAGGUUGAUGCGAACGAUGCCAUUGAGGAUGAUGACGACGAGACGGCCGCCGAUGCGGAUGUGGACGAUGAGGAUGAGGCCUGCGCUCUCGAGCCACUGGACGAGGGCAACCACUCGUUAAAUGGCAAAAAGCAGCGCAAGUUCAAGAAAAACAAACUCUGCGAACAACGGGAGCCCAUCAUUUGGAGCAAUCAUCCCACCUGUCGCCUCUCACCACACAGCUAUCCAGAUAAUGAUGGAGGUGGUGGUGGUGGUGGUGCUGGGAGUGGUGGUGCCGCUAGCUUUCAAUCGCCAGUGGUUAUGCAACUGUCGCAACGUGCCGGACCACAAUUGCAGCCAUUUCCCGUCGGGAGUCCUCACUUUCCCGGCAGCAGCAACAGCAGCAGUGGCGGCUCCAGCAAGGCAUCCACACCACAAAGCGUGCUCAGCCCCUCGGCGCCGGCGCUCUCACCCACCGGCUUCUGUUGUCCCAAAGGCUCCCCAGUCUCCGGGUAUGAGAGCAGCUCCUCCACCUACAGCGACACCGCCUCCUCCAGCUGUGCCGCCAGCUAUAGCCUCAAUCUGCAUGCCGCCGUCUACAACAAGAUCAGCCUAAUCCAUCACCAGCAACAGGAGCAGCUGCAGCAGCACCAGCUCUUGCAACAACAUCAGCGCUCCACGCAUCUGCAGCGCUGGUUGGAUCAGGAGAUGAUCCAACAGCAGCAACAGCAGCAGCAACAACAACAACAACAGCAACAGCAACAGUUGGCGCUGGGCGCCAACGCUCGUCUAACGCCAACGACUGCAGUUGCCACGCCCCUAACAGCGGCCCAAGCGCCCAUAACACUCGUAGCAUAAACCUUUAACCCAUUAUGGGCCAAUUAAUUAGUUUACCUAUCUUUAUUAUUUUUGCAAUAGUUGAGCAGAGGGGGCGUUACAAC